ACUGAAAAUGCCAUCGGAAAUCUCAGUGAGACGACACCGAGCCCCAUUACUACCACAGCUCCUUCCACCGCCACGGUUUCCCCGAGCCCCAGUCUCGCUCCCCGUUGUCGUGGAAACGGAGGGAUGCUGCAGAACGGCUCGGCCUGCGUCUGUCCGCCCGGGACGGCGGAGGAUGGGGACAGCUGCGCUUGUCCUGCCGGCUUCGCUCUGGAGGGGCCAGCGGGCUGCAAAGACAUCGAUGAGUGCAACGCACGGGGGCCCGGAGCAUGUGGUCCCCACGGCGCCUGCACUAAUAGCCCCGGCUCUUACUCGUGCAGCUGUCUCCGUGGUUACCUGAUGGCUGCUGGAGGGUGCCAGGACGUGGACGAGUGUGCCCUGGCUGCAGUGACGGGCCUGCAGGCCUGUCAGGGUGACGCUGAAUGCAGAAACACCCCCGGGUCCUUCACCUGCUCGUGCCCUUCGGGAUUCGUGACGGCCCUGGAUGGAAAAAGCUGCGCAGAUGUGGACGAGUGCAGCUUCGAGGAGCUGUGUCGCCGCGAGCUGGGGAACGCAUGCGAGAACACUCCCGGCAGCUUUGUGUGCCGCUGCCAGCCGGGCUUCAGAGCGGAGGCUUCGGCCUGUGCCGAUGUGGAUGAAUGUGCGGAGAGUCCCGCGGUGUGUGGCGGUCAGGCCGUGUGUGAGAACACGCCGGGGAGCUACAAGUGUGGUUGUCGACCAGGUUACCAGGGAAACGGCACACACUGCGAGGAUGAGAAUGAGUGCGCGUCAGGUGGUCACGGGUGUGACACCAACGCUCGCUGCGGCAACAUCAUUGGCUCCUACUUCUGCCAAUGCUACCAGGGCUUCAAUGGAGACGGGCACUCUUGUUUUGACAUCGAUGAGUGUGCUCUCAGCAACGGCCACUGUCAACACAACUGCUCCAACGAAGCAGGAGGGUACAGCUGCCUUUGUGACUCAGGCUACCAGCUGGACCAAGAUGGACUCAACUGCACAGAUGUUGAUGAGUGUCUGACACCGAAUGGGACCUGCGAGCAUAUUUGCAUCAACACUCGGGGAUCGUUCCGGUGCUCCUGCCGGCCCGGCUACCAGUUGCACAUCGAUGGCCACACCUGUGUGGACAUUGAUGAAUGUAAACUGCAGGGUGGCGGCUGUUCUCACACCUGCACCAACUCUCCAGGAGGACACACUUGCCACUGUCCUCCUCCUCUUCUGCUGGACACAGACAACCUCACCUGCAGCAAUGUAACAUCGUGCGAGCUGAGGAACGGAGGUUGUGACCACGUGUGCACGCUGCGGGCCGAGCGGCAGGUCCAGUGUCGCUGUCGGCCCGGCUGGCAGUUGGGCCAGAACCAGAGGAGCUGCGAGGACGUGAAUGAGUGCGGCGACUUCACAAACGGAGGCUGCGAGCAGCUGUGUGUGAACCGCCCGGGUGGCUUCACCUGCGCCUGCGGGGUCGGGUACGAAGUGCGGACCGACGACCUCGCCAAGUGCCGCCCUGUGUGCAACCCGCCCUGUUACAACUAUGGAGUGUGUGUUGCCCCAAACAGCUGCGACUGUCCUCCGGGAUACCCCGGGCACGGCUGCUCAGCCAUGUGCUCCCCACCCUGUGCCCACGGAGGCACCUGUAUGCGCUGGAACGAGUGUCUCUGUCCUCCUGGCUGGGCCGGAGCAGGCUGCCACACAGCGCUGUGUGAGCUGCCCUGCGCUAACGGCGGUCGCUGCGUGGGGCCCGAUACCUGCCAGUGUCCCUCGGACUACACCGGCCCCCAGUGCCUCGUGCCCGUCUGCACUCCUGCCUGCAAAAACGGGGGAACAUGCGUGGAUGUCAACAAAUGCACUUGUGUUGGCGGAUGGCAAGGCGCUCGUUGCCAGAUAGAGCCGGUUCAUUGUCAGAAACCCUGUAAGAACGGUGGAGUCUGCGUGGGCUUGAACAGGUGCCGCUGCGCCAAAGGAUUCGCUGGGAGUCUCUGUGAAACAGCGGUGACCGUCCCCUGUGUGCCGCCGUGCCGAAACGGGGCCACGUGCAGCCCUCACAACACCUGCGCCUGUCCUGAGGGCACCGCCGGCCUGCGCUGUGAGAGACUGACGUGUCCUGUGGUCACCACCGUGGUCGCGAUGGCUCGAGCUGUGAGGAAGGCGUUCAGGGAGAGUUACGUCGACCGCUGUGGACCUCUGGGAGUUCAGCUGUGCACUAAAUACAGGAUGAACCAGGCUCGUGUGUACCUGCAGGCCUACAGGGUGGGCUACAAAAUCCAGUGUCCAGAGAAGAAGGGCACAUGAGAAAUGUCAUGAAACAUCGCCCAAAGGACACCGAGCUGUGAACUCUAAAGUGUGAAUUUAGGGAUUAGUGAGGCGGUGUUGUGGCCUCCCUGCAGGGGGAGCCUCUACUUAUUUGAUGUGACAUAAGCUCACAGUUAUCUUUAAAUAGGUUCUGUACACACUAUUUUGUUUUUAUAAUACUAGAAAAUAUUCCUCCCGCAUAAGUUUUAUUAUUUGUCAUGUUUGUAUAUGUCAAAGAAACUUUUUUUGUCUUUUUAUAAAACUAUUUUGUUUAGAAACCGUUAACCUAAUGAUGGUCUGAUAAUAAUUCAUGUCAGCAUAAGAAUACUCAAAAUAGUUCAGCUUAGGGAAUUCUCACCAAUAAAGAUAAAG